GAUUUAACAUUGCAUAAACCUCCAUGUCAAAAGGAAAGAACCCCUAAUGCUCCCUGUGUCAUUUACCUUGUUGGGGGUUAUUCCAACCGCCAAAGUUUGGACACCCUUGAGUGCUAUGAUGUGGAGGAGUGUCAGUGGACCCAGCUCUCCAGAUUACCUGUUGCAAGGUCAGGCUUAGGAGCCGCAUAUCUUCGUGGAAUAUUUUAUGCUGUGGGGGGAAGAAACAUUCUGCCCAAUGGUAACUAUCAUGACAGCAACUGGGUCGACUCCUUUAACCCCAUAACAAACACGUGGAAACAGAGGGCUCGGAUGUAUUAUCCACGCAAUAGACUUGGCGUGGCAGUGUUAGAUGGUCAGUUGUAUGCUGUUGGAGGCUCGAAUGGUGCCACUUUUCACAACACUGUGGAAAAAUACGAACCAGAUGAUGAUCAGUGGACUUUGGUGCAAUCAAUGUCCAAAGCUAGAAUGGGUGUAGGUGUUACAGUUGUAAACAGACUUAUGUAUGCCGUUGGUGGGUAUAAUGGUGAACACAGGUUAAACUCUGUCGAGUGUUACCAUCCUGAAAAUAAUCAGUGGACGUUUGUGGCACCCAUAAAGAUCCCAAGAAGUGGUGCGGGAGUGUGUGCUGUUGGGAAUAAUAUUUAUGUUAUUGGGGGCUAUGAUGGACAGCAUCAGUUGUGCUCAGUUGAAAAAUAUGAUACUGAAACAGAUACUUGGUCCUCUGUGGCUCCCAUCAAAAUACCUCGUUCGGCCAUGACCGUCUCUGUCUGGGAUGGAAAGAUUUUUGUAAUGGGAGGUUAUGAUGGUGGUCAGUUCCUCUCAUCGGUGGAAAUCUAUGACUUCCGUCGCAAUGAAUGGUCAGAAUGCAAGCCCCUACCAUGGGGAAGAUCAGGUCAUGCAUCUGCCUCAUCCUUCCACCCCUGUCUCCUACACUCAGAUGCAAGAUAACGAAGGCUCUAUAGUUUUAGAGAACUCUUCCUGAGAAUACACGAUUCUACUCUAAGGCAAAACGCUUCCUGAUCUCAUCACUACUGUACUUUACUUGGAUUUUGGAAUUAUUAUUAUUAUUACAGUCAUAACCAAGUGCUAAACCCACUAGGAUCAUACAAUACUUGGGUUUUGAAAUUUUUUUUUUUUUUUUUUUUUUUUUUUUUUUUUUUUUUUUUUUUUAGGAAACUAUAGUUCUAUCAUUAAAGCUUCCUUCUUUUAUAUAGCUACAUUAAAUUUGUGUGGUUUGUAGGAAAUUUAAAAUUUUAGUUAUACCUUUACUGAAGAAUAUUACUUUGUGCCUAAUUCUUAUGCAGUGGAAUCUCUACUUGCGAGUUUAAUUUGUUCCGUGACCUUGCUCAACUGGAUUUGCUCGUUUGCAGGGUCAAUUUUCCUCAUUUAAAUUAAUUGAAAUGCAAUUAAUCCGUUCCACUGGAAUUCUGUACUUCAAUAAUUUCCCUAAUAUCAACUCUAUGGCUUAUUUAUCUAUCACAAUUCAUCUAAUAUGACAUAAUAAACAAUAUAAAUAACAUAGAAACCUGAUAUAUACUCAUGUAGUGGUAUCGUCGGUGGACGAGAGUUUGUCUGGAGACCGGACAAAAUACUUCUUGAAAAAUUUCGCUGGUAUCAUCUAUACGGCUUAUUUAUCUAUCACAAUUCAUCUAAUAUGACAUAAUAAACAAUAUAAAUAAAAUAGAAACUGGAUAUAUACUCUAGAAUGAAUAAAAUAUGCCAUUAUGUAACAGGUGGAAGCGGCCACAACCGCUCCCUCUUUGUUAUGGUAAACACUGCCAUCUAGUGAUGGCCUUUUGAAGCCAUUAUAAUUAUUAUUAUAUAGUACAUUAUUAUUAUGUAUUAUUAUUAUAUGUAUUACUAUUAUUAUAUUAUACUAUUAUUAUUAUACGUAUUAUUAUUAUUACAAUAUAAAUAUGAAUUUUUAUUCACACAAAAAAUAGAAGAUUUACCGUUAUGCAGACUACUGCCUUCUUGCAAUAAUUGUAUAAAUACUGUCAACCCAUGCACUACUGCAUAUUGGAAUGGACAGUGACGUCAUUUGUUUACUCUUGAACAUAGCCAAAGAAUCGAACAUUUCCCCUACUUUGAGUUCAAUUUCAAGGCAAUCAAAAUCAUAUCUGUUUCUGUAAUAUAUCUUCUAUUCUAUCAAAUGAGACCAAAAAAACGAGAAUACAACCAUAAAAACCAUACGAAAAUACCGCUAAGGGGUGGCUAAUUGCUGAGAGGUGAACUCCAUUAUUUAUGCUUCGAUUUCUUUCAUUUUUGGCGUACGUUAAGAAGCAGCUUUCCAUCAUACAUUGUCCAAGUUUCAAUAAGAUAGUCCAACAAACAAACGAGAUCCAAUCCCCUAGAUCAAGAGCAAGAGCCCCUCACCAGCAUCAAGGAACCUCCCUUGAGGUCCACUCGCUUAUGAAAAUUUCGCUUGUGUAUGGAAGCAAAAAAUUGACCCAUCGACUGCUCACAUUUGGAAAAACUCGCACGUGGAUGCGCUCGCAAGUAGAGGUUCCACUGUAUUUGUAUAAAUUUUAUACAUGUUCAUUUUCACACGAAUUUUUUGUUACUUGUUUUGAAAUUUUCCUUAAUGAUUGCAUUGUACUGUACUUUCCUGAAUUACUGAUGAAAUCAUGUACUAUUUACUUUUCAUUAAAAAUAUCAGUAAUGUAAUUUAUUGACUGUAAAUAGAAUAUGUAAUUGUGCAGUGUAUUACAUACUGGUCCCAUUAAUCUUCCCGAACUAUCAAGUUCUUUUGUGCAUUUUUUAAACAUGAUUCCGGUCAGUUCGUAUUUAUUAUUUAUAAUACAAUUUUUAAAUAUUUUUAGUUUGUGUGUACAGUAAAACCUCACUGGAAUGGACCUCCAUUUGAUGUACAGCCUCUCCUCAUUUAGCAACGUACUCGUUUACUGACGACUUGGACUUACACUGGGCUCUCUGACUAAGUAGACAUACCAAAAUAAUGUAGUAUAUUAGAGCUGAUUUCCUCUAUAUUGUUUAUUACAAUAUACAGUACAGUACUGUAUAAACAUUUAAAAAUAUACUAAAAAUAUUAUAUAGUGGAAUCUCGGUACUCGAACUUAAUUAAUUCCAGAAGGCUGUUCGAGUACCGAAUGAAUAUUUUCCAACCAAUUUUCUUUUCGGUUAGCUGUUAACACUAAUCUUUGUAGAUCUCAUGGUGACUUACUUUUACAAAUAAUAUAAAAAAAAUGCGAAGAAACACAAAAUAGUUUACAGCGAAGUUCUGGCAGGUUGUGUUUGUUUGGUCGAGUGCCGAGCAAACAGUUGAUCACUGGGCAGUUUUUUUUACCGAAUAAAGCUUUCGAAUACCCAAUUGUUCGAGUACCAAGGUUCCACUGUUAAUGGUGCAAAAGAGACAUUAAGACAAUAUUAAAGAUGGUCGACACAAACCCACUGCCAUUAUAGUAUGCUCCUUGCUUAGUGAUGAAUUCAUUUACCGGUGUGCUCUUAGGAACGGAACUCCAUUGUUAAGUGAGGAGAGUCUGUAUUUGGGAAACAACAGACAAAAUCCAGUGGGUGCAGAACUAUCAAAUGUUUUGCUACUUCAUGGAGUGGCUGGUAAGUGGCAAUUCUGUUACUGUGCAUGAAUCCAGGAGUAGUUAUUCACUCUGUUUUUCCCUGGAUUUAUUUUAUCAUUAUUAUAUAAAGUACACUGUGAUUAGCCAUGGCCUCUAAAGCAAGUGCUGGUGUUAAGAGUAAGACACCAAAAUGUGUCACUUGUUUGAGACGAGAUUGAUAUUUGUAUUAAUUACAUCUGAUGUUUCGGAAAAGUUGUACAGGUCUUUUAAGAGAAACUGUCAUACUGGAGCAGCAUCAACCAAUGACAAGUGGGUCAGAGAAGUUGCACCGUUCCUCUGCCUGAGAAUAAAAGUUAUUCUUAGUCACAUUACAUAGUCACUGCAGAGUAAUCUCUCGACCACAAAAGAUAAAAUUACUCUUACUGUACAUUUAACUCCAUUAUGGUCAAUUUUAAUUAUAUCAGUAGUGCGUACAGUACUGUACUCUUUUUGCCAUUUUUUAUAUUGGCAUUACUAGACACCCUCUUUCCUCAUUAGUCCAUUAAAUCAAAGUUUUACUGUGCACUCCAUAUACAAUUUGUCUAUAGAUGCUGUAUAUAUAAUUUCUUUCAAUACUUCAAAUUAUGGAUUAUUUCAAAAUACAAUACAGUAUUAGUUAAUUUCAGGAUUCAAAGCAUAACAUGACUCAUUUUACAUAAAACAUGUGUGUAGCUGUCCCUUGAUCUCAAAUACUGCAUAAGAUAUUAUUUAUAUUUGCUCAAUCAUGACAGCAGCACAGUACAGUACUCACAAAAAUGAGGAAUUCCAGCUUCAAUUCAGUUUGUUCAUUGCCUUAGCUAUAUACAAUAAAUAACUUCUUCCUUGAAAUCAUAAUGUAGCGUUGAGUUAUCAUUCGGGAUUUAGCAUUUUUAAUGUACUAAUAUGAACCAAGAUACAGAGAAAGAUUGCAGUCAGCAGGAUUCAAACCUACUAUAGGGAGACCUGCCUGUUUCUGCGUGGUGCAUUGAUAUGAACCAAGAUGUUUCAGAAUCUUCUUAGUGUUUUGGUUACCAUUUCUUACAACCACAGAGGCUGAUUAAAAUGCUUUUUAAGCAUAUUUUUGAUAGAAAUUAAUUUCUGCAAGUCACAAAGGGUAUGUUCACAGGCUGACAGCAGAUUUUCAAGUUUUCCAAGGUAUUAACAUAGGCCAAAAUUGUUGUAUUUGUGAUGUGUCAGCAUUUCAUGAAAAUUUUCUCAAGUGAUGAGAUCAAGUACUAUGUGAGAUUGUACCUAGACCAGUUCUAGAUAAACCACGGAAUGGGUGGGUUUGAACCCAUGGCUAACAAGUCGUAAAACUGGCUUGCCAUGGAUUCAACCCCCACCCGUUCUGUGGUUUGUUUGCAAUCUUGUUAUUACGAUUUUGUGAGUCCAAUUCUACAUGUUCUUCCACUCUGUUAUGAUACUAUAUUAUUCACUUUUUACGUACUCAGGACAUGCGUGUGUUUACUAUACUUUGACUUGGUUUGAUUUAAUUAUGCAGUUAGGUAAAGGAUUGCCAACAGUGUUGAAGUAAGAGACAUUUGCAGAGCAAUCUUUUAUUUUAAUAAUUUUUUACUGUCAAGGAUGCCAGAGCUGUAUACAGGAGGGCCUUGUUUGUAUGCCUCUUAGGUUCCUUACCCUGUGCAGCAAGCAAAAAUUGCCAGAGGAUGGAAAAGUUUUUUUUUUUUUUUUGCAUUAUCAAAUGUGUCUAAAAUGCCUGAUAAUGCUUUUACACUAUUAUACAUUAAGUGUUCAAUACAGCUAGGUUCAUGCUUAGCAGUCUCUUGGGGUGUUCAUGCCCAGUGGGCAUAUUUUUAUUUAUUUCAGCAUUUAUUAGCAAGAAAAUUAUAUUUAACUUAACAAAUGUGUAUCCUUUGUAUAUGUUUUUACCAACUGGAAUCCAUGUGUAUUUCCUAAUGCUGAUGCAUAUAAAAAAAUUCUUAAUACCUUAUAUGUAUACCAUAAAGAUAUAAAAUUACCAUCAAUCAGUUGCAUCACUGAAAACUUGGCAUAGGAAUGCCAUUAAGAUUAAUUUGCCUGAAAUGCUUUGCAUACUAGUAGUUUCUUUUGUGCCUACCAAUGUUUUCUUAUAUGUAAACUACAUUAUUUGUACUGCAUAAAGAAAUGAACUCUGUAUUGUAUUGUAUUCUACUAAAAUGAAUUGUCUAAUUAUUACAGCUUUCACAUGGCAGACUUAACUACGGUUUUUGCCUCAUCUCUUAAAUUAUCAUAUUUUUUGACAUUAAAUAUCAAGACUUCAUGAGUAAACAUGGACAUGUCCCUUUUUUCAUUGUUUAAUGUCGUAAAAUUUCUAGUUUACGUUAACUCCUCCAUAGACUCUGUUAUGCUGUAUUCCUAAUAAUUAUUGUAGCUUCAUGUUAGAUAAUGAGAUUUUUUCUUUUCCAAAUUUGUGCCUUAAGUUUGUGCAUUUUAUGUUAGUUUUAUGUACCUUUGUGUGAUGCUGUAUGACCUGACAGGCUUGUCAUUCUCCAUGACAGGCCUGUCAGGUCAGAGUAUGUUUGAAUAAUAACUUGUGGUCCCCAUGCACAUGUUGACAUCCAUUCAGUGAUAAGGAUAUCUAUUCGAUAUUUAGUACUUGCUCCUGACACAAUUCGUCACCUUCACGAUAUGGUAAAAUUUUCAUUUCUGUCUUCACAGUUUUGAUUUGUGGUAAAACAGCAUUAUUGCAGUGUUGUGUACAUCAAGUUUCUGAUGCAGACAAGUUCAGGAGUAAGACUGUUUUUCCAGUUGUGGGGUUGUUCAGGAAUUACUUCAUAUACAAUAAAUUCUUCCAGCAAGCGUGCGUAAGCGUGUUAGAUAGGAGUGAAUGGAGACAAAUGGUAUUUGGGACCUGAUGAGCUAUUGGAGUGUGAGCAGGGUAAUAUUUAGUGAAAGGAUUCAGGGAAACCAGUUAUUUUAUGUAACCGGACUUGAGUCCUGGAAAUGGGAAGUACAAUGCCUGCACUCUAAAGGAGGGGUUUGGGGGUUUGGAAUAUUGGCAGUUUGGAGGGAUAUAUUGUGUACUUUUAUACGUAUAUACAGUGGACCCCCGCAUACCGUUGGCAUCACAUAACGAUUAAUCCGCAUACCGCUUGCUUUAAUCGCAAAAAUUUUGCCUCGCAUACUGCUUAAAAACCCGCUCACCGAUGUUCGUCCGAGACGCGUCCAAUGUGCGCCCUCAGCCAGCCUCACAUGUGCCGCCGGUGGCAUUGUUUACCAGCCAGCCUCCGCGGUAACAUCCAAGCAUACAAUCGGAAUAUUUCGUAUUAUUACAGUGUUUUCGGUGCUUUUUCUGGAAAAUAAGUGACCAUGGGCCCCAAGAAAGCUUCUAGUGCCAACCCUACAGCAAUAAGGGUGAGAAUUCCAAUAGAGAUGAAGAAAGAGAUCAUUGAUAAGUAUGAAAGUGGAGUGCGUAUCGCCGACCUGGCCAGGUUGUACAAGAAACCCCAAUCAACCAUCACUACUAUUGUGGGCACCAGAAAGGCAAUCAAGGAAGCUGUUCUUGCCAAAGGUUUAACUGUGUUUUCGAAACAAAGAUCGCAAGUGAUGGAAGAUGUUGAGAGACUCCUAUUGGUGUGGAUAAAUGAAAAACAGCUAGCAGGAGAUAGCGUCUCUCAAGUGAUCAUAAGUGAAAAGACUAGGAAGUUGCAUGAGGAUUUAAUUAAAAAAAUGCCUGCAACUAGUGAUGAUGUGAGUGAAUUUAAGGCCAGCAAAGGUUGGUUUGAGAGAUUUAAGAAGCGUAGUGGCAUACAUAGUGUGAUAAGGCAUGGUGAGGCUGCCAGUUCGGACCACAAAGCGGCUGAAAAAUAUGUGCAUGAAUUCAAGGAGUACAUAGAGGCUGAAGGACUGAAACCUGAACAAGUGUUUAAUUGUGAUGAAACAGGCCUGUUUUGGAAGAAAAUGCCAAGCAGGACCUACAUUACUCAGGAGGAAAAGGCACUCCCAGGACAUAAGCCUAUGAAAGACAGGCUUACUUUGUUAAUGUGUUCCAAUGCUAGUGGUGAUUGCAAAGUGAAGCCUUUAUUAGUGUAUCACUCUGAAACUCCCAGAGCGUUCAGGCAAAAGAAUGUCCUCAAGGAGAAUUUGUGUGUGCUGUGGAGGGCAAACAGUAAGGCAUGGGUCACUAGGGACUUUUUCUAUGACUGGUUACACCAUGCAUUUGCCCCCAAUGUGAAAGAUUACCUAACUGAAAAGAAAUUAGAACUUAAGUGCCUCCUGGUGUUAGACAAUGUCCCUGGUCAUCCUACAGACGUGGCAGAGCGACUUUAUGGGGACAUGAAAUUCAUUAACAUCAAGUUUUUGCCUCCUAAUACCACUCCUCUCCUGCAGCCCAUGGACCAGCAGGUUAUUGCAAACUUCAAAAAACUGUACACAAAAGCUCUGUUUGAAAGGUGCUUUGUAGUGACCUCAGAAACUCAACUGACUAAGAGAGUUUUGGAGAGAGCACUUUAAUAUCCUCAAUUGUGUAAACCUUAUAGGUAAGGCUUGGGAGGGAGUGACUAAGAAGACCUUGAACUCUGCUUGGAAGAAACUGUGGCCAGAAUGUGUAGACAAAAGGGAUUUUGAAGGGUUUGAGGCUAACCCUGAGAGGAUUAUGCCAGUUGAGGAAUCCAUUGUGGCAUUGGGAAAGUCCUUGGGGUUGGAGGCUAGUGGGGAGGAUGUGGAAGAGUUGGUGGAGGAGGACAAUGAAGAACUAACCACUGAUGAGCUGAUAGAUCAACUUCAACAGCAAGAGGCCAGACCUGAGGAAACUGGUUCAGAGGAGGGGAGAGAGAAAUUGAAGAAGUUGCCUACUACAAAGAUUAAGGAAAUCUGUGCAAUGUGGCUGAAAGUGCAAACCUUUAUGGAUGAAUCACCCUCACACAGCUAUUGCAAGCCGUGUUGGCAACCUGUACACUGACAAUGUUGUGAAACACUUUAGGGAAGUCAUAAAGGAACGAGAGGUACAGGCCACUAUGGACAGAUAUGUUGUGCGAAAGAAGUCCAGUGACUCUGAAGCUGGUCCUAGUGGCAUUAAAAGAAGAAGGGAAGUAACCCCAGAAAAGGACUCGACACCUCAAGUCUUAAUGGAAGGGGAUUCCCCUUCUAAACACUAACACUCUUUCUCCCCUCCUCCCAUCCCAUCAAUCAUCACCAGAUCUUCAAUAAAAGUAAGUGUCAUGUAAGUGUGCAUGCCUUUUUCAGUUUGUGUGUAUUAAAAUUAACAUUUCAUGUGGUAAAAAAAUUUUUUUUUCAUACUUUUGGGUGUCUUGCACGGAUUAAUUUGAUUUCCAUUAUUUCUUAUGGGGAAAUUUCAUUCGCAUACCGAUUAUUUCGCAUACCAAUGACCCCUCUUGCACGGAUUAAAAUCGGUAUGCGGGGGUCCACUGUACUUCUAAACUGUUGUAUUCUGAGCACCUCUGCAAAAACAGUGAUUAUGUGUGAGUGAGGUGAAAGUGUUGAAUGAUGAUGAAAGUAUUUUCUUUUUGGGGAUUUUUUCUUUCUUUUUGGGUCACCUUGUCUCGGCUGGAGACGGCCGACUUGUUAAAAAAAAAAAAAAAAUCUGUGUAGAAAGAGGUUUGGUAAUGAGUAAUACAUAUUUUAUGAAAUAGAGAAUAAAUAAAUAUACAAGGUUUGAUAUAGCACGUAAUGAAAGUAGUUAAAAGGUUAAUGGGUAGGGUCCAAGAUGUACACGUUUAUAGAGGGGCAACUGAUAUAUUGGAUCAUUAUUUAGUUGUAGUUACAGUUACAGUAAGAGGUAGAUGGGAUAAGAGGAAAAUGACAACAAGAAGUAAGAGAGGUGAAAGUGUAUAAAUUAAGGGAGGAGGAAUUUCAGGCGAGAUAUAAGCAACUAUUGGCAGAAAAGUGGGCUAGUGCAAGUAUGAGUAGUGGGGGGGGGGGGGUUUAAGAGGGUUGGAAUAGUUUUAAAACUGAUUAGAAUGUGGGGCAGAAGUUUGUGGUUAUAGGAGGGUAGGUGCAGGAGGAAAGAGGAGUGAUUGGUGGAAUGAUGAAGUAAAGGUUGUGAUAAAAGAAUAAAGGUAGCUUAUGAGAGGUUUUUACAAAGCAGAAGUGUUAUAAGAAGAGCAGAGUAUGUGGAGAGUAAAAGAAAGGUGAAGAGAGUGGUGAAAGAGUGCAAAAGGAAAGCAGAUGAUAGAGUGGGAGAGGCACUGUCAAGAAAUUUUAAUGAAAAUAAGAAAAAAUUUUGGAGUUAAGAAAGCCUAGGGAACGAAUGGAAUUGUCAGUUAAAAAACAGUAGGGGAGUUAGUAGAUGGGGAGAUGGAGGUAUUGGGUAGAUGGCGGGAAUAUUUUGAGGAACUUUUAAAUGUCGAUGAAGAAAGGGAGGCGGUAAUUUCAUGCAUUGGCCAGUGAGGUAUACCAUCUUUUGGGUGUGAAGAAGAGCAGGAUGUGAGUGUGGGGGAGGUGCAUGAGGCAUUAUAUAGAAUGAAAGGGAGCAAAGCAGCUGGAACUGACGCGAUCAUGACAAAUGUUAAAAGCAGGGAGGGAUAUAGUGUUAGUGGUUGUAUUUUUGUUUAAUAAAUGUAUGAAAGAGGGGAAGGUACCUAGGGAUUGGCAGAGAGCAUGUAUAGUUCCUUUAUGUAAAGGGAAGGGGGACAAAAGAGAUUGUAAAAAUUAUAGAGGAAUUAGUUUACUGAGUAUACCAGGAAAAGUGUAUGGUAGGGUUGUUAUUGAAAGAAUUAAGAGGUAAGACAGAAUGUAGGAUUGCAGAUGAGCAAGGAGGUUUUAGAGUGGGUAGGGGAUGUGUAGAUCAAGUGUUUACAGUGAAGCAUAUAUGUGAACAGUAUUUAGAUAAAGGUAGAGAAGGUUUUACUGCAUUUAUGGAUUUAGAAAAGGCAUAUGAUAGAUUGGAUAGGGGAGCAAUGUGGCAGAUGUUGCAAGUAUAUGGAAUAGGUAGUAAGUUACUAAAUGCUGUAAAGUUUUUAUGAGGAUAGUGAGGCUAGUAGAUAGUGAGGAUAGGUAGGUAGUAGGUUGGUAGACAGCAACCGCCCAGGGAGGUACUACCGUCCUGCCAAGUGAGUGUAAAACGAAAGCCUGUAAUUGUUUUACAUGAUGGUAGGAUUGCUGGUGUCUUUUGUCUGUCUCAUAAAUAUGCAAGAUUACAGGUAAGUCUUGCUACUUCUACUUACACUUAGGUCACACUACACAUACAUGUACAAGCAUAUAUAUACACACCCCUCUGGGUUUUCUUCUAUUUUCUUUCUAAUUCUUGUUCUUGUUUAUUUCCUCUCAUCUCCAUGGGGAAGUGGAACAGAAUUCUUCCUCUGUAAGCCAUGUGUGUCGUAAGAGGCGACUAAAAUGCCGGGAGCAAGGGGCUAGUAACCCCUUCUCCUGUAUAUUACUAAAUUUAAAAGGAGAAACUUCAGUUUUUUCUUUUGGGCCACCCCACCUCAGUGGGAUACGGCUGGUACGUUGAAAGAAGAAAGAAGUGAGGCUCAGGUUAGGGUGUGUAGAAGAGAGGGAGACUACUUCCCAGUAAAAGUAGGUCUUAGACAGGGAUCUGUAAUGUCACCAUGGUUGUUUAAUAUAUUAUAGAUGGGGUUGUAAAAGAAGUAAAUGCUAGGGUGUUUGGGAGAGGGGUGGGAUUAAAUUAUGGGGAAUCAAAUACAAAAUGGGAAUUGACACAGUUACUUUUUGCUGAUGAUACUGUGCUUAUGGGAGAUUCUAAAGAAAAAUUGCAAAGGUUAGCGGAUGAGUUUGGGAGUGUGUGUAAAGGUAGAAAAUUGAAAGUGAACAUAGAAAAAGAGUAAGGUGAUGAGGGUAUCAAAUGAUUUAGUUAAAGAAAAAUUAGAUAACAAAUUUGGAGAGGAGUAGUAUGGAAGAAGUGGAUGUUUUCAGAUAUUUGGGAGUUGACGUGUCAGAGGAUGGAUUUAUGAAGGAUGAGGUUAAUCAUAGAAAUGAAGGAAAAAAGGCGAGUGGUGCGUUGAGGUAUAUGUGGAGACAAAAAACGUUAUCUAUGGAGGUAAAGAAGGGAAUGUAUGAAAGUAUAGUGGUACCAACACUCUUAUAUGGGUGUGAAACCUGGGUUGUAAAUGCUGUAGUGAAGAGACUGUUAGAGGCAGUGGAGAUGUUCUGUCUAAGGGCAAUGUGGGGUGUAAAUAUUAUGCAGAAAAUUUGGAGUGCGGAAAUUAGGAGAAGGUGUAGAGUUAAUAAAAGUAUUAGUCAGAGGGCUGAAGAGGGGUUGUUGAGGUGGUUUGGUCAUUUAGAGAGAAUGGAUCAAAGUAGAAUGACAUGGAGAGCAUAUAAAUCUGUAGGGGAAGGAAGGUGGGGUAGGGGUCGUCCUUGAAAAAGUUGGAGGGAGGGGGUAAAGGUGGUUUUGUGGGCGAGGGGCUUGAACUUCCAGCAAGCGUGUAUGAGUGUGUUAGAUAGGAGUGAAUGGAGACGAAUGGUAUUUGGGACCUGACAAGCUGUUGGAGUGUGAGCAGGGUAAUAUUUAGUGAAGGGAUUCAGGGAAACCGGUUAUUUUUAUAUCGCCGGACUUGAGUCCUGGAAAUGGGAAGUACAAUGCCUGCACUUUAAAGAGGGGUUUGGGAUAUUGGCAGUUUGGAGGGAUAUACUGUGUAUCUUUAUACGUAUAUGCUUCUAAACUGUUGUAUUCUGAGGACCUCUACAAAAACAGUGAUUAAGUGUGAGUGAGGUGAAAGUGUUGAAUGAUUAUGAAAGUAUUUUCUUUUCGAGGAUUUUCUUUCUUUUUGGGUCACCCUGCUUCGGUGGGAGACGACCAACUUGUUUAAAAAAAAUUCACACAAAAUAAGUGAAAAUAUAUUCUUAUUUUUCUUAUGUAUCUUUUCAUUAGAUCAUAGUAAUUGAUAAUGAAAACUUUUUUUUAACAUGCUGGCCAUCUUCCACCAAGGCAGGGCGACUUGAAAGAAAAAAAAAACACUUUCACUAUCAUUCACUCCAUCACUGUCUUGCCAAAGGCAUGCCAGUACUACAGUUCAGUUGCCCCUCCAAACAUCUCCACCCCAGUCAUUUACUGGGGUGAGGAUACAGUGCAGGCUAUACUUCCCACAUCCAGGAAAGUGUAGGUCAGGCACUAUACUUCCCACCUCCAGGGAAGUAUAGUGCAGGCACUAUGCUUCCCACCUCCAGGACUUAAGUCUGGCUUACCCAUUUCCCUGAAUCCCUUUGCAAAAUGUUACCUAGCUCUCACUCCAACAGCUCGUCAAAUCCCACUCACUCUCCUAUCCGACAUGCUCACACAUGCCUGCUGGAUGUUCAAAACACUAUGUAUAUGUAAUUAUUUAAUGAAACUUAAAAAGUUUCAAAAUACUUUCUAGCUGUGCAAUGUUUUGUCAAAAUAUAUUCCAAUCAGUUUCUUGGAAUACAAAUUUCAUUUUGGAAAAAUGCUUUUUACAUCUUUCUUUUGUCUAGGUUGCAAUUUGCUCCACGAGAUGAAUCAUUUUAUCUUUAGUCCAAUUUUAUCAUUCUAUAAGACUGCUUGGAAACAAUGGACCCAUUGAACAGUUUACCUCGCACAUAAAAUUUUUAGCCCUUAAACUGUCCAAAUGUAGAUCUACGUUUUUUCAACAUUUGAAAGUACAUUUGUAUGUAAAAAAACGUAGAUUUUUUUUUUUUUUUUUUUUUACAUUUGAAAACAUAAAAAAAAACUUUGAUUUACUUUUUUUUUUUUUGUUAUAUUUCAAAAUAUGUAAAAAAACAGUAGAUCUACUUUUGGAGCACUAUGCAUGUGAACGUAAAUCUGUUUGGAGAGUUUAAGGGUUAACCCUUAAACGGUCCAAACGUAUAUAUACGUUCACUCGCGUAGCGCCCCAAAUUUUUUGAGGAAAAAAAAAAAUCUUUUCUUUUAAAAGGAAAAAAAGAGCAUAUUGUGCCCAGGCAUCCCCAAUUAUUUUAAUAUGGCACACAGUGAGUGCACACCCAUUCUCUCAUUUCUAGGUGACUCAGGCUUAUUGUGGCAAUGUUGAAUGAAUGACAAAGAAAACAUAUAUAUACGUUUGGACCGUUUAAGGGUUAAAUAAUGUCCAGAUUUAGUCAUGGGUCCCACGAGCAAACAGGUUGUUGGUCCCCCUCUAUUAUUAUUGCUGCUAGUACUAUUACUACUAAUUAUGUAGGUACAUACAGCAUUCUGUGAUUUAAACAAGAAAGUUAAGUGUUGCAGCCAAGUAGAUACUCAAGUGUUACAUCUACCAAAUGGGGCUAUUGUAAAUAAAAGGAAAAUGAACUGGUAAGUUAAAAAAAAAAUUUAUUAGAAGCAAUUACUGUAACAAAAUAUGCUCAUUUAUGGAACACAUACAGUACCUAGGAUAAAUAAUACAAAAAUUGAGCAAUUAUUUCCUUCAAACUAUUCGAAUGUAAGAGAAUUUAUAUUGUGUGUUACUCAUUUUAAUUAAAAAAAUUCAUUUUGUAUUUGUUUCUGGUCCUGUUAAGUAAUAUGGUACACAAGUGUCAAAUAGAUAAUAAAAUCAUAAAUACAGUGUUACACUAAUAUGGAAAACUUAGUUACAAUAUAUAUCAUUUUAUUAUAUUCUUAAUGGGCAAGGUUGUGGUCUGGGUCCCUGGUUAGCAUGUAUAAGAGUAAAGUGCAGUGUUUGAAUGACCUACGCAGGUUGAAUGAGUCUUUGUAAAUAUAAUAACUGUGUACAGUAUAAUAUCUGUGAUACAUGAGGUUUCUAUGAUACCUCGUUAAUUUAGCAUUUUUGUACUGUAGUUUUUAUCAUCCAAACACACACUUGCUCACUAGAAAUGUAAAGAUAUUAAGUAUGUAUGUAUAAACCAUGGUACAGGUGGGGGUUAAAACCCAUGGAAAGCAAGUAGUGACACUUGCCAUGCGUUCUAACCACUCCCCCCCAUAUUGUGGUUUGUUUGCAAUUGUGUUAUUACAAUUUUGUGAGUUGCGUGAGUGUAAGAUAAUGCUCCUCUGUUAAUCUACAGUAUUGUGAUUUUUUCAAAACUGUUCAUGUAGAGACUGACUUGUAUCAAAAAGUUUUUACGAGUACGGUGGUACUUUUAGUAACAUUGCAUCUUGAUUGUACGAUGUGUAGGAUAAAAUGUGGGUAAAGUGACUGAUACAGUAUGUACUUAAGGCUUUCAAAAGUGCCAUUUGUAAUUAGGAACUUCUUGUAGUGCAUAUACUUAACCCUUUCAGGGUCGGCAGGCCCUCUCCUAAACUUGUUCUAAGGGUCGGAAAUUUUUCAAAAAAAAAAAAAAAAAAAAAAAAAAAUCUUAUGCAAUGAUAGAGAAUCUUUUCCUGAUCAUAAUGACACCAAAAGUAUGAAAUUUGAUGGAAAACGUACGGAAUUAUGCUCUUGUGAAGUUAACGGUCUCGACAAUGUUUACGCAUCGGCAAUUUUGCCCACUUUGAGCCCUAUUUUUGGCCAAUUCCAACGUACCAGUUGACAAAAAUCAUAACUAUUUCGCUAGAACUCCAUUUUUCUAUCGAAUGAGUACAAGAAAAUGCCCAUUUACUGAUUUCAACUGUUCAAUAAAGUGGUCAGAAAUUUGCAAUUUUGCCAAUUUCACACAAAUUUCAAAAGAUGCCAAUUUCCAAAUAGGGUCCAGAAUAAACAAGACAGACAUUCCUGCAAUAAAAUAACAUUUUUCUGUUCAUUAGUCACGUCCCCAGGCCUCUUACAUUUCUUUUGCUUUCCACUUUGAAUUUUUAUUCUCACAAAAAAAUAGAAGAUUUACUGUUAUGCAGACUACUGAAUUAGUGUAGAAAUGGUAUAAAUAAUAUCAGCACACUUGUGAAAGAAUAUUAGACUCACCAGUUGACAUGUAUUGGACGCAUGGCAUGAUUUGUUUACUUUUGAACUUUGGCAAAAAUCAAACAUUUUUGUUACUUUGAGCUCAAUUUCAAGGUACUUUUCAUUGUGAAACCAAUCAAAAUCAUCUCAAUUUCUGUAAUAUGUCUUCCAUUCUAUAAAAUAACACCAGGAAAACUAGACUACAACCAUAAAUAGCAUGUGAAAAUACACUGCAAAGUCGCCGUUUUAAAGCAAAAACACGAUUGGAGUUUUUUUCUCAUUAUGCACUGUAUGCUGCAGAAUUUUUUUUAUACUGUGCACACUGACCACAUAGACCCAUUCUUUCAUAUGUACACCUAUCAGCUUUCUCUUGCUAGAUUUGAAGGCGCUAGAAUUUAUGCGUACUAGUACGGCACCAACCCUGGCGUGCAAGCCGUUCUAGUACGGCACCAACCCUGGGCGUGCAAGCCGUACUAGUACGGCACCAACCCUGAAAGGGUUAAAAUUAUAAUGUUUUCACAGUACUGUAAUAAUGAUAUUUAUGAGGCUACUGAGGAGAUAGUUUUUGCUUCCCUAGAAUCCUUGUAAAUUUUCCUAGGAAGGUAGUACAUUUUAUACUGUAAACAGUACUUUCAACAGCAUUUCAUGAAUUUGCAUUUUCUAUGUCUAUAAAGUAGUUGACAGUUCAGAAAAAGACAUAGAAAUUAGCUUGUCAUCUGUGGUACAUUGGAUAAUUUAUGUACAUUUAGAGCAGACAUAGAUGAGAAGUACCCAUUACGAUGUAUAAAGAAGGUUGUAAAACAGAAAUUUGUAUCUUUAUAUUGAACCAAAUAGCAAUGUAGCUGCUGAAGCAUUUAUAUAUAUUUUUUUUUUUUUUUUAAAUAUAUGCAUUAAAGAAUUUCAUGCUCAACAGUAAAGCAGGACAACCUAUCUAGGAAAAAGUAUUUCUAGUCCCUGUGCAAAUGAUGUAGCAUUUACAGUUAUACGGAGCAUUCAGUGAAAUACUGUAAUGCCCAGUUAAUUACAUACCUGAGUAAGGAUUGUAAUAAUACAGAAAUGCCCUUUUGAAAAUGCAUGAUGUCAUGCAGUAACUUAUUUUAAAACUUUGGCUAUUUUCAGUCAAAUAUUUAAUAUGUACAUUAUACAAUAAUUUUUUUUUUUUCACAGGUUAUGGAAACGUUCUGAAAUGUAAGUUUUGAAGCUUGUGACUGCUUUUGUGUAUAGCCAACAUUUUGAUACAUUAUAAUCUCACUCGUGAUUGGUUUCAUAGAAACUUUAAUCCGGAUUGUAUUUAUACCAAUAAAUAGAUUAUCAUCA